AACAACAAUAAAUAAAUGAGCAUAACAUAACAUGCUUUCUUCUUCUUCUUUAUCUUGUUUCAUAAUUAACAGAUACAUACACACUCAUCAUCUCUCUGCCCUACAUACAUACAUUUACAUGUGCAAGAUAUUUUUAGAAAGGGUAAAAACUAUAUUUAAACAAACUAGAGAGCUGGCAAUUCUCCCACUCAUUUACAUAUAUACAUACAUUAUCAUCCAUUAUAUAUACCAACCGUCUCCUUCCUAUAUACGAAACCAAACUGUUGAUUGUGUUUGUUACGUUCUUCAACCCUCAGAUCUGCGGUAUUUUGUUAGAAUUCAUGUAAAUGCGCUCAAGAAUUUUGAUUUCUUCAUGACGAUUUCGACUACUCUGCCGCUCACCGGAGCUUUGGUGGGCUCAAUGGUUUCUGCUAAGAAGUAUAUCACCAGCGAAGAGCUUGGGAAACAUAACAAGAGGGGAGAUCUUUGGAUUUCUAUCCAGGGGAAGGUUUACAAUGUCACUGAAUGGGCUAAAGAACACCCAGGCGGGGACAUCCCACUCUUAAAUAUGGCUGGCCAGGACGUCACAGAUGCAUUCAUUGCUUUCCAUCCUGGUUCUGCUUGGCAACAUCUCGACAAAUUCUUUACCGGGUAUCAUCUCAUAGAUUACAAAGUUUCAGAUGUGUCAAAGGAUUAUAGAAAACUUGCUGCUGAGUUUGCGAAAGCUGGCAUGUUUGAAAAGAAAGGGCAUAUUGUAAUCUACUCGAUUUGUUUUGUUGCUCUGUUGCUUUCAUCAUGUAUAUAUGGUGUACUGAGUUCCGACAGUUUUUCCGUUCAUAUGUUUUCUGGUGUAUUGUUGGGAUUUACAUGGAUUCAAGUGGCGUAUAUGGGUCAUGAUGCUGGACAUUAUCAAGCAAUGUCAAGUUGUGGAUGGAAUAAAGUUGCUGGGAUUCUUAUCGGCAAUUGUAUUACUGGAAUCAGCAUUGCUUGGUGGAAAUGGACUCAUAAUGCUCAUCACAUCGCUUGCAAUAGCCUCGACUAUGAUCCCGACCUACAACACUUGCCCAUGCUCGCGGUGUCAGACAGUUUCUUUCAGUCGCUGACAUCCAAAUUUUACAACAGGAAAUUGACAUUUGAUCCAGUGGCUAAGUUCUUUGUGAGCUACCAACACUUGUCGUACUACCCGGUCAUGUGUGUUGCAAGAGUCAACCUUUAUUUGCAGACGUUGUUACUAUUGUGCUCCAAGAGAAAGAUACCAGACAGAGCUUUCAACAUACUCGGGACCAUUAUUUUCUGGACAUGGUUUCCUCUGCUUGUUUCUUGCUUACCCAAUUGGACUGAGAGGGUGCUGUUUGUGUUAAUAAGCUUCUGUGUCUGCGCUAUUCAACACGUUCAAUUUACCUUAAACCAUUUCGCAGCAGAUGUAUACGUGGGACCUCCUACAGGGAAUAACUGGUUUGAGAAACAAUCCGGAGGAACAAUUGACAUUUCAUGCUAUCCAUGGAUGGAUUGGUUCUAUGGUGGCCUACAGUUUCAGCUGGAACACCAUUUGUUCCCCAGGUUGCCUCGAACUCAUUUGAGGAGCAUUUCUCCUAUCGUGCAAGACCUUUGCAAGAAACACAAUCUGACUUACAGGAGCUUAUCCUUCUACGAGGCCAAUGUAGCCACACUCAAGACUCUUCGGACUGCAGCCUACCAGGCCCGGGGUCUGCUCUGGGAAGCAGUCAACACUCAUGGCUGAUGCGAUCCAUCUGAUUAAGCUCACUCCAAUCCCAUCUGUUUCGACGAGAAACUUGGAUUUUCUGAUUUUCUGUAUUAAGUAGAUGUAACUUGUUAUUAAUUCAGCAGCUGUUUUGAGGUUGCUUUUUCAGUUUAUGUGGCUAACCGAGCAAUAUAUCAGCUUUGCCAACGAGACUAUGGUGGGGGUUUUACACCAGAAAAUUCUAUUAUUAUUUUUUUUAAUCAAUAUUUUUGUAUUCA